AUGGGUCUUGCUAGCCCUCCACAAAAGACGAUACGGUCGCAUCAGCAGAACCAAGAACGCGCCUUCAUCGCCGCCUCAAGGCGAGGCGACCGCGGCAUCGAGGCUCGCCUCCAAUCAGCACGUCGGGCCAGCGAGGUUCACAAACUGCGAACCGGCAAGGGCCUUUGGGUGACCAGGGACAUCGUCCUGAAGGAAGAGAUGUACGAGGAGGUGGAUGAUAUGUUCCCGCGGUCCUAUCAGCUCCGAGGACCACGCCGACCGUCCUUGUCCGUCGAAGAGGGCUCGCCAAAGAGCCCGGCGACGACGGCUGAGUUGGCAUCAGGCCAAGACCAGCAAUUGCACGAGAACGAGGUGAACCGGGAAUUUGCCCAAUACUUCCCCGAGGUUGACCAGAUCCUCUCCCAACCGUGGUCAACUCAGAGUAUCUUGAUGGCCUCGCCGACUCAGCGUAACCGGUUCCAGGAACUUACGAGGAAGGGAUUUGAAUCAUCAGCUCAAGACAUUGACUACACGCAAGGCGCUGUACUUGACGCCCGGAGUCGCUCACUUCCAGAGUCCUCGCCUCCUGAGCUAAGGAUGGAUGUCGACCUUACGCCGCCAUCACUCGCUACCGAAUCUGGAUCGUAUCCGGCGACACCUCGAUCGCAGGCGGCUUCGGUUUUCAAGCAGACGACGCCUAUCGAUUUGUGUCUGGAUUGCAACUGCAAUUAUGGCGAGCCCGCAUUUGUCUGCAACCUGCCACCCGAGGCGAAUGUGCUACUGGCAGACAGCGAUGUGGUUGAUCCUGCCCUGUACGACCAGCAGUGGUUGUAUGGCACCUUGCCGUCCGAUCCCUACGGGGUGUCUGAGCUUCUUGAUAUAGACGUGGAGGACGAUGUAUUCAACGAGAUCCACGACGACAGCCUGAAUCGGAUGAGUUGGGAUCAGCCUUCUCAACCGAAGACAUCCACUUUAUGCACAUCUCAGUGA